GAAGAUUUCUAAUGAGUCCAUUACUGUCUCACGCAUUGUCCCAAUGAGUGAGAGCAAGAGACGCAAACCAAACACGCCGACUCCUGACUCGGGCGAGUCACCUUUACUUAACGAGAGUAUACUUUUACUUAUCUUUGAGUCAGUAAAAUGGGACAUUCGCAUCCUUUCCUUGACUGGCUCCCUCAACCAGAAGCUCCGGGCGAUCGCAGAGAGGCUUCUCUGGCGGAAGCUCUGCGCGUAUAGGGCGCCGCGCAUGGUAAAUGCAUUGGCUAACGGAGCCCCUAACGGUCGUAUUAACGGUGGAUGGAACGCGCUCGCUAAGCUAAUGUUUUUCUGUUGCGGGUGUGAGUCAACUCGUAAUUUCCAACUGAAUCAACGUCUGUCGGGUCAUUUUGUUAAAUCCUCUCGGUUUUCUAAAACAUCGGGUCGGAGCUUUUUAACGAAGAAAUGUCAGGGCGAUUUGUUGUAUGUAAGUGACCCGUGUGAGCAUCCACUUGUUGAUAAGAAUGACGACGUCGGAAUAUUCCGAGGGGUAUUUCGGGGAUUUACGAGAUCCAGGACGAGAGCAUGCUUGAUUCGACGCCAGGUGGGGUUCGAGGAGAGCGUGAGAUGUCCUUACUGCGGGGUCCGUGUUUGGAGCAUGACAACGGCUCGGCUUAUUCCUAAGAGCGCGGCUCGCCGGCUGGGCACUCGUGAUGGUGGGUUAGAGUAUUUUGUUUGUUUGAAUGGGCACUUAUACGGGAAUUGUUGGCUGGUGCCGUUAUCGUCUGAUGAAGAUCGUUGUGAUGAUGAAGAGGAUGGCGACGCUAGUGGUGAUUCUGAUGACGGUCUUGAUGAUGACUCUCAGACGGUUAAAGAUGGAAGUACGAGCUCCAUGGGCGAGGAGGUUUGUGGUGAUGAUUGAUUGAUGACCCCACAUCUUGUGUAUCUCACUGAUGAUAUGGAUUGUAUAUACAAUUUUGUGCUGAUGUGGAUUUUUUUUUUUCUCGUUGUUGUACUGAACAUUGUAGUGCUGUUUUCUUUCAA